AUGAAUAAAUUCAGCUUAAAGCAAUCACUACUAGUCGUUUUAGGUCUCUCUGCCAAUAUCUUAGCACAGAACUCUACCUAUAACUACACUCAACACAAUGCUUAAUGCUGGGGUUGUGUAACAGCAGUUCCUACAGCAGGUUUCUAUUGCUUUUCAAGCACAGUUACUAAUGGAAUCAACUUAGGAGUCUGCUAAGCUGCAAGAAAUACUAACGCUGGUUGGAUUUGUGGCAACACUCAAGAUUUUUGCAUGGAUAAUCCAAUGAACGUUCUUUCAGGUGGAGAUGUAGUUAUUUCCCAACUAGAUAUUAUACCAAUUAGAAACUUGACUAUAAGGAAUGGAACUACCCUCAAGUUCACAGUCAAGAGCUAAGCUGAGAAAAGUGGCUUCAUCUCACUAGGCUAUCAAGAUGAGAGCAAAAAGUCAGAUACUAGAAAGGUCUUAUUCUAUGUGUAUAACAAUAGAUUGUAAACGGGUGCUGAUAGAAGAAGAUUUGAGAUGUCUCACGUAAAUGAAGUCUUAUUGCCACACAGUGAUGAUACAUAUACAGUUUUCCUUGCAUCUUAAAAAUCAGAUUUUAACAUUACCUUAACUAAGUCAAAUGCACUCUACAUCAUAGCAGGCAUUUCCACUAUGUUAAUGGGACUUAUUAGCAUGCUUUUUUGA